AUGUUGCUCAUGCUCCACCAGGCUCAGCUGCCCACAACGGACCGGAAGCAGGCUGCGGACCACUUGAAGUAUGCCGAAGUCACCAUCAUGCAUGUAAGUGCAUUUCAUCACGUUGCUUCUACGCGGGCCCAGUCAGGGUUGUCCCUCACUGACGAGUUCGUUAUCGUGUUGUGUGUAUUCUGGCAGCCAGAAGACAUCCCGACACAGUCGAACGCUGUCGACUGUGGGGUAUAUGUGUGUAUGUAUCUCCAUGCACUGGUCUCAUGCGGCUUUUCAAUCCUCAUGGAGUGGAUGACGUUCUACGGCGCGAAGUCUCACGCCUACCGGAGGCAGCUACGCACAGAGGUGUCACUUCACUCCACAGAUGACCUUAUUGUCAAGCUCUUUGGGGAGGGUGUGGAGUUUUUCUUUCAGCCUCUUCCACAGUUGGGUGAACAUGGUGCCCUUGUCUUUCCCAAGGAGGACGAAGUUCGUACCGACCUGGCGAAGCAGUCAGGCAUGAUAACCCGGAUGGAGCUCGGGGGUUACGUUGUGUGUGCGGCGGUCAUGGGUCUGGCACGUUCGCUUGGCAUUUCAGAGGAUCAACUGUUCAGUGGAGCGGCCCACGAGCUACAGACCCACGGGACGCCUCUGCUGGUGCUGUCCACGUCAAAGAACCACGUGGAUCACGCUGCAUCGAUGCGGACGCUCGGCAUCACCAUCCAUCCUACCCCCAGCCCUAUUCCGGUGCCAUCGUUGGCUCCUGUUCAUAACGAUGGUGCAUCUACCUUUCAUAGGGACCCGUCACCAACAGAGGACAAGCCCACGAAGGUGGAGCCGGAUCAUCAAGCAGCUCCUGCGACUCCGGCAGCACCAGGGAGCCUCUCGCGCACUCCCAGGUAUAGCACGCGUCUGGGGCCGAGGGCUGCAGCGCGGCCAGUGCGUCAGACCAGCUUGCUUGCCGCCUACGGCAAUCGGCCUGCAUCUAGUCGCUGGACGGGGGUGAGUUGGUGCCCAAGGGGCAGGAAGUGGGGGAUGAAGAUGGUGUACGGACCUGGCAGUGGUCAGCAGAUCAGGCUGGGAGCGUAUACCGUGGAGGACGAUGCGGCAUAUGCGUAUGCCGCGGCAGCAUAUGUGAUCAGGCGCAAGGACCACAUCCCGCACACUUAG